AUGAUGGGUCAACUACCAGAGGAAGUUGUGGACGAUUUGAGCACUGAUGAGCUGGAGUGUAAGAUCUGCUAUUGUGCUUACAAUCUGUCUAGUCGGCGACCCAAAGUGCUCAAGUGCUGCCAUCGUUUGUGCUCCAAAUGCCUGGUAAAAAUCCUCAAUCUGGGUGAGUCACCCCCAAACUCAGUGGUCUGCCCUUUCUGCCGCUACAUUACUGGUCUUCCUGGAGAAUCUGGUGGCAGUCUGCCUGAUGACUACAACUUGGUGACUGCACUGUCCAUCCAAAACCAAUAUCUGAAUUUAAAGGGGAGCCAGGGUGAGAUUUUGCUCAGUCCCGGACGUCUAAACUCUCUGGUGGGUCACUCAGCUUUGGCAACGCCUUCGUCUGUAUGUUCCAAUUAUGUGGUCAUCACCAUUAUGGAAUCACCACAGGAGCAUGCCGUUUCAGCAGAUCACCGAUCCUCCAGCUUGGACUCCAUGGCGUCAAUGACGCGACGCUGCACAGUGUGGAACUGUCCCACGCUGCUGUGCCAGGCAUUGGCCAGAGUUCUUGUGUGGCUCCUGGGACUGUUGUACUUCAGCUCUUUGCCAAUGGGUGUCUAUUUACUCAUCAUGCAGAAGACCACUCUGGGAUUUAUACUGAUCAGCCUAGUGCCUGUCAGCCUACUCAUGAUCAUGGUGUAUGGGAUGUGCCGCUGUGUGUGCCAUGAGUUUUGGGACUGUGUGCCACCUUAA